AUGGCAUCUAGUGUUCCAGGACCAAUUCCGCUACCAGAGUCACGCUAUGAUUUAUCGUCAUACUGGGGACGAGUUCGUCAUUGUGCCGAAAUAUCUGAUCCAUCCAUGCUUCUUACGACCAACGAUGACUUGGCGCAGGCUCGUAAAGUAAUCAGUGCAUACCGUCAUGGAGAAUUGAAAGAAACUACUCCGGAAUUCUGGCGUGCAAAGAAACAAUUGGAUUCCACGGUGCAUCCUGACACAGGAGAAACCGUCUUAUUGCCAUUCCGUAUGUCCUGUUGCGUUCUCUCAAAUUUGGUUGUUACUGCUGGUAUGUUAACUCCAAAUUUGGGAACAGUUGGUACAAUGUUCUGGCAAUGGGCGAAUCAGUCUCUAAAUGUCGCUGUUAACAGUGCUAACGCAAACAAGUCUCAUCCAAUGUCCACAUCGCAAUUGAUAACCAAUUAUACUAUGGCUGUCACAGCAUCCUGUGGUGUUGCCGUUGGAUUGAAUAAAUUGGUGCCAAGAUUAAAGAAUUUGACGGCUAAUACAAGAAUGAUCUUGGGUCGUUUGGUGCCAUUUGCUGCUGUUGUGUCGGCUGGUAUAGUUAACGUAUUUUUGAUGAGAGGUAGUGAAAUCCGUAAAGGUAUCUCUGUUUAUGACUCCAAUGGUGAUGAGGUAGGAAAAUCCAAAAGAGCUGCAUUGUUUGCUGUUGGUGAAACAGCUUUCAGUAGAAUUACGAAUGCUACACCAAUUAUGGUUAUCCCUCCGUUGAUUCUAGUGAGAUUACAAAAGACAGUUUUGAAGGGAAAAUCUGUUGCUGUUCAAACUGCUGCAAACCUUGGUGUUAUUCUUGUUACCUCUUUCAUUGCUUUACCGUUCGCCUUGGCCGUCUUCCCUCAAUACCAGUCAAUUUCUGUUAGUAAACUAGAACCCGAGCUUGCUAAUAAGCUCGAUUCCAAUAAAAAGCUAAUCGAAACAGUCUACUUCAACAGAGGUAUUUGA